UCUUUGUCGCUUAUAUAGCUAGGAGGAAGAACGCGGAGAGACGCCGGCCAUGGCGUCGUCAUCGUGCCUCCUCCUCUCGAUUCCGUCCUGUUCUUACACUGGCGCCACUGCUGCGAGCAUCGAUCGGCCGAAAUCUCGAGGUAGGAGGAGCUAUAGCUCGUCGAUUCGCUGUGGCGCCCUCAAAUCCGCGCCCAAGGGUUUUGGAGAGCUCCCCAGCUCCAGCAAGAAGAGGGACGAAUCAUCCUCUUCUCCUUCUUCCUCCAUCGCCACGACCUCGAAUUUGGGGCAAGUAUCGUCCGCCAAGGGAGAGGAGGAGGACGAUACCGUGCCAGAGGUUGUGACGAAUCGGAUGCUCAAGCGCAUGAUCGUGACGGUGGGAGCGCCGCUGGGGACCGGAUUCCUCGCAUUCCCGGCCUACUACUUCGCGAAAUCGGCGCUCAAGAUGGAAUUCCCCCAAGUCUUGCCGAUGAUCACCUCCUUCCUCUUGUUCGGGCUCUCCGGAUUUGGGAUCUUGUACGCGGUGGUGUCGACGAGCUGGGAUCCGCUGCGCGAGGGAUCGGUGCUGGGAUGGGACGAAGCGCGCGUGAAUUGGAAUCUCGUGUGGCAGAAGCGCGACGAGGACGACGACUAGCUCUAAAGGGAAAUGUAUAUAGGAGCUCGAAAAUUUAGGGUUCUUCGCAAAUGUGAGAGCUAGGGUUUAACCAAGAAUGGCGAAAGUGACGCUAGAUUCGCUGCC